AUGGUUUUGAAGGUCCUGCAACGCAUGUCACAGGCGGAUAAUGUAUUCCAAUCGCUACGUCCGCUCACGUACAUAUCGCUGGUGGGACUGGCACCGUUCCAACUGAACCUCAACGCGGACAAGGAGGUGCACACAUCAUCGUAUUCCUUCAUUGCUGGCAUUGUGCACUUCUUGUUCUUUGUGCUGUGCUUUGUGGCAUCUAUACGAGAAGGCGACUCCAUCAUCGGCUACUUCUUCCAGACGAACAUCACCAAGCUGGGCGAUGGCACAUUGCGCUUAACUGGCAUCAUUGCCAUGUGCACAAUCUUCGGAUUCGCCAUGUUUAAGCGCCAGCGAUUGGUCAGCAUUAUACAAAAUAAUAUUAUCGUCGACGAGAUCUUUGUGCGUCUUGGCAUGAAGCUGGACUAUCGACGUAUUCUGCUCUUCACCUUUCUCAUCUCCAUGGGUAUUGUGAUCUUCAACGUUGUCUAUAUGUGCGUCAGCUAUGGACUGCUGGUCAGCGCCACCAUUUCACCAUCCUUUGUCACCUUCAUGGCAUUCGCUCUGCCCCACAUCAAUAUCAGCCUAAUGGUCUUCAAGUUCCUAUGCACCACCCACUUGGCCCAAAGUCGUUUCAGUAUGGUGAAUGAGAUUCUGCAGGACAUUCUGAAUGGCCAUAUUGAGCUGAACAGCGCUUUGGAGCUGUCGCCAAUGCAUUCGGUGGUGAACAAUCAUCGCUAUGCUCAUCGGCUGCGCAACUUGAUCAGCACACCCAUGCAGAGGUACAGUGUUACCUCGAUUAUACGCCAGAAUCCGGAGUACGCCAUCAAGCAGGUGGCCAACAUACACAACUUGCUGUGCGACAUCUGCCAUACCAUCGAGGAGUACUUCACCUAUCCGCUGCUGGGCAUCAUUGCCAUAUCUUUCUUGUUCAUACUGUUCGAUGACUUUUACAUACUGGAGGCGCUGUUGAAUCCGAAGCGCUUGGACUACUUUGAGGCCGAUGAGUUCUUUGCCUUCUUCCUGACCCAAAUGAUCUGGUACAUAGUGAUCAUAUUUCUGAUCGUCGAGGCCAGCAGCAGCACCAUCCGGCAUAGCAGCUGCAGUGCUGCAAUUGUUCACAAGAUUCUCAACAUAACCGACGAUCUGGAGUUGAGGGAUCGUCUGUUCCGUCUCUCCCUGCAGCUGUCCCAUCGUAAGGUCAAGUUCACCGCCGCUGGAUUGUUUCGCUUGGAUCGUACGCUUAUAUUUACGAUAACUGGUGCCGCUACAUGCUACCUCAUUAUACUGAUACAGUUUCGCUCCACUCAUCACGUCGAAGACUUUGGAACUACGAAUAAUACGGACUAUAUGUAACUGGAUGUAAGAAUCUUUGUAAUAUCAAUAUUAUUAAAAGAACUUGUUAUCAGAAAUAUUCAAUAAUUUGUUUUCUUAACGUAAAUUUCUAUUUUGAUUCAUGGACAAUUUAUGCGCCAACAAGGAUCGUGUUGAAAACCUACUGAAUUACGUUCGAAUCACACAAAUGUCUUCGCAUAUCUCCAGUGUUGGGAACCUAUUGGCAUUCCCAGCGCAUCCGUUAUAGGGAAACAUUUGGCACUCGUUGGUUUUCGCAUAAUAAGUCCACAUAUUACGAACCAAUUCGCACGUUCCUCUGUCAGCCGGUCGAAGCUGACAAAUAGCUAAAAUGAAGUCCAACAUCCGUGGCUAAUACCUUACAUUAAUAACGAUUCUUACCGUGUUG